AUGCCCGCCGAAAUGCAUCUCUUUGUCGACAAGCACGUCCGCUACGUCCAGAGUCUCGACACUCGCAAAGACGAGCUCGAGUACUGGCUCACCGAACACCUGCGUCUGAAUGGCCUCUACUGGGGGCUGACGGCGCUGCAUCUGCUCGGCCAUGCCAACGCCCUGCCGCGCAGCGACAUUCUGGACUUUGUCGUGUCGUGCCUGCACCCGCACGGCGGCUUCGGUGCUGCCCCGGGCCACGAUGCCCACAUGCUGUAUACCGUUAGUGCCGUCCAGAUACUCGCUACUCUCGACGCUUUUGCCGAGCUCGACGAACGCAUCCCCGGCGCCCGCCACAAGAUUGGCCUGUUUAUUGCAAAUCUGCAGGAUGCGGAAACAGGCACCUUUGCGGGCGACGCCUGGGGCGAGCAGGACACGCGCUUCCUGUACGGCGCCCUCAAUGCCCUCUCGCUCAUGGGCCUGCUCGACCUCGUCGAUGUGGCAAAAGCCGCCCAGUACGUCGACUCGUGCGCCAACUUUGACGGCGGCUAUGGCACCAGCCCGGGCGCUGAAUCGCAUGCCGGUCAGGUGUUUACGUGUGUUGGCGCACUGACCAUCGCGGGGAGACUCGACCUGGUCGACCGCGACAAGCUGGGCGCGUGGCUGAGCGAACGACAGCUCAACAACGGCGGCCUCAACGGCCGCCCCGAGAAGAAGGAAGACGUCUGCUACAGCUGGUGGGUCAUGAGCAGCAUGGCCAUGCUCGACAAGCUGCACUGGAUCGACGCUGCCAAGCUGACGACCUUUAUCCUGCAGUGCCAGGAUCCCGAGCUGGGUGGCCUCGCGGACCGCCCUGGCGACAUGGUUGAUGUUUUCCACACCGUCUUUGGCAUCGCCGGCCUCAGUCUGCUCAAGUACCCCGGCCUGGAAGAGGUAGAUCCAGUCUAG